CAACACCUCAUCUAGCCAGAGCGCUAUGCUCGAUUUGCCUGCUCAGAAGGUGCGCUCCCGUGCCCGCACCGGUUUGAGAGAAGGGAAAUGGAUCAUAGCGUGCUGUCUAGAUGAGGCGUUGACGGUUUUUGUGGGAUCUGCAUUUUUUGGCCUCGAAAUGGCGUCAAAUCAUUGAUUUUUUCCUCGGAUUUUUCCAAUUCCCCAAAAAACCGUCAACAUCAUAUCUGGACAGCAUGCUAUGGUCCAUUUUCCCUCAUUAAAACAGGUCCAUCUCCGGCGUCGAUCGUUGCGACGCGUUGGUGGGCGGGUCUUGUCAGCAGUGCCGGGGCCCUGGCCCACCGGCUUACAGCCAUCAUGGCUCUUGAGCCCGGACAGGGAUUGGGCAGCCAUUUCAGGGCUUGAAGGGGCGCAAUGUUGUGGCGGGGCCUCAUAGUUUUCGCACCGUGUGCACUAGCUUCCUCUCCCAGAGUUUUACCACUUUAGAGCCCCGCAGGGGCAAAGAAUGAAUGAGGCUGCGCGGCGGCGAGAAAAAAAAAAAGUAAAAUGAUGGUGCUCAGUACCCACAAAAAUUUUUUUUUCCAAAAACCCGAAAACCGUAACUUCAACACUUUUUCUUAUGAUAGAUCAGACUCAGAUACCAUGAUCUAGUACGUCAAUCGUUAUCGAAGCCAACGCGGUCGUGACCUGGAUGAAGGUGAAGACAAACAACAAUCGACCUUUGAGUUCUCUUGUCUUCGCAACCUCAUCAAGAACAAACCAUAAUGCCAAUGCUCCGAGCGUGAGCGUGUCAGCACUGGGAUGGGGUCGAAGGUGCGCACGCCGCGGUGUAUUUAAUGCUGUGCGCUGAGUGCUGCUUCUCCUUUGAGGUCUCUUCUUCGGUCUUCGUCGCGUUCACAACGAACAGACGAUGAGGAUAUGCAGAGAAGCAAUGUCUAUCAUUUACAUUUACAUAUACAUUUAUCAAAAGCAAAACAAUUCUGUUUCUGAUAAGUUAAGUAUACAUCGUGGAAGAGAAGUGCUGGCACUUAGAUGAUGUGAGCGGUAGGGUUGUGGAAUGCUUUUGGCGUUUAGCUUGAGUGAUUCGUCCGCUUGGUGCCAUUCCAAGUAGCAGUGGGUAGACGCGUCUUAAGCUACUAGCCUUAUGAUGGCUAUGCGCGCCUUGUUCGGCUUCGGGUUCGGCGCUUGGUUCUGUGCCGAACCUGCAGUAGACGCCUACACUCUGCGCAAAGUCAGAAGGAUGAAUAAAAGGGCCGGACUGUACACCAAGCAGCUUCGCCGUCACGAGCAGCGAGAGGAUACCUCCACCGUGCAGUGCACUAAGGAUUUUCGGUCGCCGCAUUUCGCCGAAACUACAGCGCGAAAGACCGCGGAAGCGGGGGAGAGCGGGACUGCUGUUGACGCUCUCCGAUUUAGCUGCGCGAACGUCACCUGCAAGAUGGAUUGCGUGUCCGACCCGAACACGGAAGCGGCGUCCUUGCAGUCUGAACCGCUUGUGCCCAUCGCGAACGCGCGCGUGCGCCCGCUACUCAGCAACAAUGGGCCCUGGAAAGAAGGAGAAGACAAACACGGAGUAAAUGGAAGGACCCGCUUGACAACGCUGCGUCGCCCCGAAUUUGUUAUGCCGGGGUCGGGCGACUGGAACACCUUGUCGGAACGGACGCCACUGAUCGAAUGGGACGAGUGGAUGAUGGCUUCGCUUUUGCUAAACUCUCCCGUCGCCCGUGUGCUCGAGUUCGGUGCGCGGUACGGCACUACGUCGUGCUUGCUUGCGAACGUGACCGGAAACGUGGCCGGGAGGGUGUUUUCCGCUGAAAUCGACGCCGCUGUGUGGCGGACGAAUUUGGAGAACAGGAACAAGCACAAGUGCAACUACCACUUGGUCAGGGGCGGUGUGGGUUACAAGAGCGCAUAUUUCAACCGGGAGAAGCUGGCGAUGUCUUACCCAGAGAGGGGGGGCUACGGUGGCAGGAUGGAGGUAACAGAAGUUCGUAACAAGAACGAAAACGGCGACCACGAAAAACAACCCGAGGCACGCGCGGUAGGGUUUGUCUACGUCCAGGAAAUCGAGCGCGCGUUUUCGACGAAGAUCAAUGCCGUGCUGAUCGACUGUGAGGGUUGCAUUGAGUACGUUUUUCCUGGAGGCGAGGGCGACCCUUUUUUGAGCCAGUUGGAGCUGAUUUUGUUAGAGGAGGAUCAGGAGCGAAAGUUGCCGACGGGCAGUUACGCGAAGUGGCAUGAUACCUUCCGGAAGGCGGGUUUUGUGCGGAUCUUUCAUUCGCACGACACUUUUGUGCCGGGGAAACAGGAAUGGAGCUGGGCGAUGAGACACUCCGCGUGGUUCUGUGAUCGCUCGCUCGGUCCCUCGCACUCGGGUGCUCCUACCACCUCCACCUCCACGUCGCUCAGCCAGCGCAUUCUGCCGCUACUGAAAGAGGCUAAUCUUUUGGAGGAAUAUCACGCGAUUUUGGCACGCCGACGCGGGAACACAAGCACGAGCAAGACCAGCGCAGCACCAGACGGAAAGACAACUGGCAGGAAGGCGGCCGCGCUGUCCAGAGGCGGGAGUGGAUCUUCCUUGUUAGAAGGAGCGCCGAUCGACGCUUCAGAGCAGGAAGGCGCGGCAUCGUCGUGGAUUGCAGAGACAAUGGAGGCAGGAGAACAUCAGGAACCCUCACCGGAGCAAGGUCUGAACCUGUGCCCAUUUUACUUCGACGUGGGAAAUUUUACAGUCAAGGAGCUCCACUGCGCAAAGGAAGGGGAAACCAGUCGCAAUCCGCUCUACAAGCGCCCGGGAAAUUUGCCACAGAACGCUUACAAGUACAUGCCAUAACGAGCAGCAGAUCAAGCCAUGAGCAGCCUUUUGUCAUGUUUUUGGACCGAUUGGAAGUUUGGGAUUAGGAGUCUGCCACUGUCGUGUGUACUAGCGUUAGACCAAGCAUCGAUAUAUAUUUUACUCUUCGCUCAUUUACUAAAUCGCUAAACGAGUUGACGCAACCCUUGUCAUAGGUGGCGAAGCGCCUCGCUCACUGAAAGGAGAUGAAGCCGGCUGAAAUGUAUGAACGUCGCGCAGAAACGACUCCUGAGUGCGCGUGCGAGAGAACUCACACUAACGAGGAAAGUGCCCACUUCUGUGGUUGUGUAUGGCGUCGCGAAGCGAGCCGACAACCCAGAUCACACCACACACGCACACGAAAUGGAAAUGCCUGCGUGGCGGGAAUGGAACUUGCUCGACUGAAAUGCAAACAAUGAAACGAAAAAUACAUGUGGCAUCAUUUUUCAUGUGGUGAAACAAUGAAUCAUGCGACGCUUUCUUGAAAAACUUCUUGUCCUUUUUCGACCAUUCAAUGGGAUCGAAAUAAUCGUCGAGAGAAACACCCGGCAGAACACCAAACAGCUCUGGUUCUCCAUCUUGGCCGAAAGAAAAAAUUGCGUGGCCGGCGUUGCGCGCCAGCAGUGAUCCUCUUCUCCUUCCCGGACGCCAAAGGCGCCCAGCUGCCUUUCCAG